GUCAAACUGAAAUCUGAUGAGACAAAAAAUUUCUGAUGAUUGAUUAAAUGUGCCAUUGAACUAUCAACAAUAAUACGACUAUGGAGCAGGUUACAGACAUUUUUGUCUUGAAAAUGGCUGCAUGAAUUAAUCCACUAGCCUGCUCCGCUGCUAACUUUAGCAACUAGCAGUGCAACGUCGCAUAAAGUACUUACUGUACUUUGAUUCAAGUUUCAGCCAUUAUUCCAUUCAGCUGGGAAAGGACGGGAUGAGAUCACAUGCAGAAUCCUGGAAUCAGUGGAAUGUGUACAUUUUUCAGUUAGUUAUUUAGUUGCGGUGACCAUCCAGGAGCAAUAAUUCUGCUUUUGCACAUGUUUGUCGCUUGAUCGCUCCCUACUCGACUGUCGAGUCUCUGUCGGAGUACAGUGUGUACAUCAUCUUCUGUAUUUGGUUUCGCCUGCGCGUCACUCUGAUAAUGGAUUCUGAUUUCAUAUGGAUUGGCAUUUUGCUGCUGGUUGUUGCUCUGCAAACAGGAUAUAUCCAUCCCGAUGAAUUCUUCCAGAAUCCAGAAGUUGUUGCAGCUGACAUUUUCAACAUCAGCCAUUUUCGCGCAUGGGAAUUCAACCCGCAUUUUGCACUGCGCAGCGUCAGUAUUCCGUAUCUGAUAUCGGGGAUCCCCUUCACCAUCUUGCGCAUUCUGGAGAAUGGGCUGCAUUUCCGUGUCUCUCCGCAGCUCAUGCUCAUCAUUCCCCGCAUGUCCAUGUUUUUUCUUAUUCCGAUUUUGGAAUGGUUGCUUCUAAUGCUGACCAAGUCAUGGAAUAUUUCCACGUCUUCCGUUAAAAUGGUCUUCCGCACGUCGUAUCUGACGUUUGUUUUUCUCCCGCGGACAUUCAGCAAUUCGGUGGAAGUUGUGUUGUUUGCCGGUUUGAUGCUGGCCGUUUUUUAUCCGGAUAAAAAUCACAAAUCGGGAAAUGUGACUACCGUGGCAGUCGGUGUAAUCAGCGCACUGGGGAUAUUUAAUCGGCCGACAUUUCUCGCCUUCGGUUGUGUGCCCUGGAUGUACUUUUUGUACGUGUCCAAAAUGCGUUCAGUCAUUAAUACGGCAUUUUUUGGAGCGUUGACAAUGUGUGUCUUAGUCGCUGUGGAUUCGUGGUACUAUGGACAAUUUGUGAUUACGCCGCUGCGGUUUAUUGUCUACAAUAUCGAUGCGAAAAACAAUGAAUUACAUGGAUUGCAUCCGCGGUGGUUUCAUUUGAUCGUGUCGCUACCACAGUUAUUUGGAACACUUUUGUGGUGUUUUUUCCAACUCGGAAUUGUCAGAUUUAUUAUGCAGAGGAAAUUGUUGUUCCUUUCCUUUUUGGUUCCUGUAUGUCUGAUCUCAAUCAUUCCUCAUCAGGAGCCGCGAUUUUUACUGGCAGUAUUAGUCCCGUUGUUUUUAUUAGCCGCUGAAUUCACGUGGAAGUCACGGAUACGGCGCACGGUGUGGAUUGUAUUCAAUUUGUUGUUGGGAAUUUUCUUUGGGUUUAUUCAUCAAGGUGGCUUGACACAGAGUUUACCGUUCGUCAGGACCCUCCUAGACGAAGAUCCCAGUGCGAGAGUGUUCUAUUACAAAACGUACAUUCCACCGUUCUAUACUCUGCGUUUGCCAUUGGACCAGUCUCACCGCGUGCUUGAUCUCGGACUGGAGCGCCUAACGCUGGAAGAUGUAGGACAGACCAUUCACCACCAUCCGCGCACAAAAAAUUUCCUGAUUCUUCCGGGGACAAUUGACUUGAAUUAUGCACCGCUGGGCAGUGUCACGGCUACACUUGUGCAACAGUUUUGCCCGCACUGGUCCUUUGAGGCGCAAGUAGCAUACGAUCAAAUAUUUAGGAAACUGCCGGAGUUGUGCUUAAAUGUGUGGAAUAUUGCGCUGAAAAAGUCUGCUCCGAAGUGAACGUUUUACCGAACUGACCGCACUUGUUUUUGGAUACGAAAUGCUACAUGCAUGUAUCGCACGAUAAGCGGCGGGUGAAGAAUAUAUUAAAGGCGUAUUG